CGGAUUUUGCAAGAAAUGUUUCAGUUUAAUAUGCUACCCAAAAAUGAUACCCACAAAAAGUUCUGGAAAUCAACAUCAAGCAACUUAUUAACCAGUGAUAUAAGUAACUCUACUAGCCGCAGCAAAACAAGCAAGUUUAUCAAAUGUUUAAAAAGGUGUAAAAGUAUUUUAACCCUCAGCAGGUCAAAUAGCUCAGACUCUAUGUCAGUUAGUAGUCAAAUUCCAUCUAGUUCUUCAUGGUAUUUGGAAUCAGAUUUAAACAGUCGCAUACAAAUCGGCAAAAUAAAUUAUGUUGAAGAUUGCUUUAAAGAAAGUUGUAUGGAGCUUCUGCCAAUCAAAACAAAAACGUGCGAACAAAAUAAGUUAGAACUUUCUGAAAAUUUACAAAAAAGUUACUGUUUUUCUGAAGAUACUAUAUCAAAGAGUUCCCUAAGCAUAGACAAUUUUGAAUCAGUUUUUAGUAGUGUUAGUGACGAAACGUUUAAAUCAGCCGAAUGUGACAUAAUUUCUAUUGAUAAAAUACAGUUUGAGUGUAAUGAAAAUGAAAUUACUGAGGAUAAUCUUGAAAUUGGAUAUUCAUUGCCUUAUCUUGAAGCUUUUGAAGAAAUAGUAAAUGAUCCAUGUAAUAUGAAAAAUAAUAGAGCAAUUAAAGCCGAGCUGACAAAUAAGAAAUCCAAUGAUGUAAGCGAACUAAUCGAAAAGUACUUUGGGGAUAUUUACGGAAAUUUUAUUGGAGCUAAAAGGUCACUGAUAAGGCAGGCAAGGGACAUUCUGGUGUGUAAUUACCAUGGAUGCCUUAAUAAGUUUGAAAAUGAAUUUUGUACUCAGGCUUCAAGGUUACUUCGACACUUAAAGAAUCGAGAUGAAAGAGAUACGUCAUCUCCCUCAGGGUGGCCAUUAUGCCUCGGUGAGUCCGGAGUAGUGGUACACCUCGCCCCAUUGGAUCCUUCUAUUCUGCGCAACCGCGACUGUUAUUUGUGUGUCAGUCACCUUUCUGGAUUAGAGGUUGUCCUAACUUGGAAACUUCGCAACCAGAUCCAGAGCCAAACUUUGGCGGCGGUUCGAACUUCUUUGCAUGCCGUCGAUGACAUUAUGUGUUCUAGUCUUCAGUCUGUGUCUGGCCUUGAGGAGCAGUAUGCGGACGACUACGAUGAAGCCGAGCUGCCAGAGAUGCUUCAGAACUUACUAGUUUCUGUGGAGCAUGCUAUACUCAAAGUGCCUUUAGAUGACCUAACUUUUCCAUGUCCGCAAUGUGAACAAUACGUACCCACGGAUCGCCUGGAUAUUGAUGUAGGAAGCUGUGCUUGUCAGUGCCUUUGCUUACUGCCAGAUAGUAAACCUAGUAGAAAAGAUAGUUCGAUACAGACUAGUCCGAUGUUUGAAUUUGUAAACUCCAUACCUCAUAUAGAUAGUGAUUCUGACGAUGAUAAGGAAUCUAUUAGAUUAGGAUUAACGAACAAAAAACUUGAAAUAGCCAGACCUAAGACCAUAUCAGAACUACCCGAUAAACUGUUAAUGUCAGGAAUAAAUCUGCCGGGUACAGUUGAUACUAAUGGAAGGCCAAUAAUACUUUGCUACGCAGAAUGCAUAUCCAGGGCAGCCUUAAACAAAUAUGAAAUUGCCAAGCUACUACUCUAUUAUACCUCAAUACAACCAGAUAAAAGUAAAAACAACGGAUUCACAGUUCUACUUUUGGCAGAAAACGAGUGUGACUAUAAAACCCUUGAAUUACUUGAUAAGUCCAUAUGCCUUAUUAGGAAUUACAUUAAGGUUGUCAGAUAUUUGAUCUGGAAACCACAUGGAUCUUAUAAGGAAGAAAGAAGUUUGUCUAGUGAGAUCGAGGCUAUUUUCAUAACCAGCGAGGCAUCUUUGGCAACUUAUUUAACUAAGGAUCAAGCACCGGCUAGUUGCAAUGGUACUUGCACUCACGACCAGCUAGAAUGGGUAGAAUUUUUUAAGCAAUUAGAACCAUUUUUGGCUACAUGUAAAGCAGCUGGGCAGUCGCUUUUAAAGACUUUAUCGAAUUUAAGAAAGGAAGAAGUUCCUAAUCAGAUAACUAGAAGAUUCUUAAAUCAUCAAUGCAGACAAAUAUCCAAAGCCUUGGACUCCGAAAGUGUCCAAAAGCUUAAACGAGAGGGACAUAAGACCUUGCAGAGCUUAUCAGAGCGCAGCCAGUGGUUGGCGAGUAGCCAAGAUGUGCAAAAAGGAACAAAAUCUGCUUUAGAUUCUUUCAAUGCAGUUGAAAGAGUUACUAAGCGAUUGGAGCAACUUAAGCAGGAAAGAAUGGAAAAACUAAAGGAACUAGGUAGAUACAGGAUAUUGGAAGGAGAGGCGGAGGAGUUAUCAAAAUGGACACAAACAGUAGGACAUGAGACUAUUAACCGCCUAACUUUACUUUUAUGUGCUGCUGAAGAUUCUACUAGUGUUAAAGAGGUCGCGAAUAGCUUUGAUGACUUUUUCUUUAAUGCAUGGAAACAAAUCGAAAAAUCCAACGACAUAACGGACGAAUGCAGGACCAUUAAGAAUCCUAAAGGACAACAUCUAAAAGAAAUCACUAAUAAGCUUAAUAGCGAAAUGAAGGCUUUUAGAGAAAGUCUAGAGGAAACUAGGGAGCGUAUUGAGGACAGUUCCAGAUGUUUCUUGCUUCUGGAGACUUGUCACGACAUUUUGGAAGACGACAAUGCUGAGCAAGAGGAAUUUUUUAAAUUGGCUAAAAGAAGUGCUAAUGAGAAGUUGUUGCAGUUGUGUGAGAAUUUUACUUCUACAAAUACAGAAACCGACCCACACGACUUGGCUCCUGAUAAAAACAAUGAUCCAGGACCGACAUAUUCCAGUUCAGAAUUUAGUGCCUCUAGUACUCCCCAAAAAUCGAAUAAUACCCAAAUUAGACGGCGAUCAGUGAGUUCUUUGGCCUUUAUUUAUCACUGCAGCCAUCAUGCUGCAGGUGAAAUGUGCAAUUGCUAUGAAAGCGAUACCGAGAAUACCGUUUCCUAUAAGUUAAAAAAACGAUAUAUUCAAAUGCAAAGCUGCAGCUGUCAAACUGGAAAUGGUAGAGAAUUAGAAAGGAAAAAUAGCGCCAUUUUAGGAGAAAUAAAAGAAGAACAUGAAAGCGUUGAGAACCUUCUUGAAAGAAUGGAAAAUUUAGAUAAAUACAGACGUUGUGAUAGUGGCCUGUCCACGGCAGAUAAUUCGAUAGGAGACGAUAGCUCCGUAUCUUGUAGUGAUAGAUUAAAGAAAAAAUUGCAAAGAACCUGUUCCUGCCAAUAUUACAAUGAAAGUUGUACUGUCUGUAGCACAGAAAGCUCUAGUGGUGGAAGUAAUCAUGAUAAUAUGGAUAAUCAACAGGACAGCAUCAUUGAAGAAGGAACUGAUAAUUUUAUUAAAAGCCAUGGCUGUGAUGAUAUCGAAGAGGACCAAUAUUUAGAAGAGAGACGAAAAAUUCCUCCAGUUACUGCCAAUAAUCAUUUGUACUGCCAUGAUUCUACCUUAGACCUGCCUACAGAUGCCUUAUAUAAUAACAUGGAUGAAGAAACACAAAAAAAUUUAACCUACGCCAUAAAAGAAAUGAUUGCAACCGAACGGAGCUAUGUUCAAUCCUUGGACUAUAUUAUAACCAAUUACAUUCCGGAAUUACAAAGAGAAGACAUUCCACAAGCCCUGCGAGGUCAACGAAAUACUGUGUUUGGAAAUGUAGAAAAAAUCUAUGAAUUCCAUAGCCGCCAUUUCCUUGGAGAGUUAGAAGAAUGCGAAAAUAACCCGCUACAAGUAGGACAGAUUUUUUUGAAAUAUGGAAAGAGGUUCUAUUUGUACGCUUUGUAUAAUAAAAAUAAACCUAAGUCCGAUUCUUUGAUGUCAGAAUAUGGGACCAUAUUUUUUAAGAGUAAACAAUUAGAACUAGAGGACAAAAUGGAUUUGGCUUCAUAUCUGCUUAAACCGGUUCAGAGGAUGGGCAAAUAUGCUCUACUUCUGCAAGAAAUGAUGAAGUAUUGUAGACAAUCAAAGUUGCUUAGCUCAGCGGAAAGAACAGUUCCAGAAAUUGAUUAUUUAAGACAAGCUGAAGAGAUGGUCAGGUUUCAGUUAAGACAUGGAAAUGAUCUUUUGGCUAUGGAUAGUAUUAGAGAGUGCGAUGUGAAUCUUAAAGAACAGGGCCGAUUGCUCAGACAAAAUGAAUUUUUAGUUUGGGAAGGAAAAAGUGGGCGAAAGUCUCUCAGACAGGUUUUUCUAUUUGAGGAACUUAUACUGUUUAGUAAGGCUAGGCGAUUUCCAGACCGAAAGAAUCUCGACCUUUAUAUAUACAAAAACAGUAUAAAAAUGACCGAUAUAGGAUUAACAGCUGGCAUAGGAGAGUCUCCCACUAAGUUCGAAAUUUGGUUUCGUAAGAGAAAGCCAAACGAUACUUUUACCCUACAGUCGAUGUCCGAGGAAGUUAAAAAAGCAUGGACCGAGGAACUAUCGCAAUUGCUAUGGAAACAAGCUAUAAGGAAUAGAGCUGUUAGAAUGGCCGAAAUGUCUUCAAUGGGAAUUGGCAAUAAGCCAUGUUUAGAUAUUAGGCCUAGUGCGGACCAAAUUAGCGACAGGUCUAUAAGUAUAGCUCAACUAACCAAAAAUUUUCAUUCAGAUUUCUGCACGAUGACAAGAAAAUGGCGCUUUAAUACAAUGCUUCUUUAUAAUACGUUGAAGACAGCUCCCAGAUUUCGCAACUCCAUUGCAGGUCCAGCACCCGAAUCGUGUCGCACCAUUAAGAGACCACACUCGGUCAUUUCUGUAUCCAGCAUUUCGUCUGGUAGUACUAGUUCUGGCGGUUCAGGAGGUACAUCCACUAACCAUACUGGUUCUAGUACUGGACUUGAUUCUAACUGUGACAGUCCUAUUGGUAGAAGCAGGCCUUACCGCUCAACCACACUAAAUAGUCAGUGUUCUGUAGAGAGUGGCAUUAUAGCAGAUAUGUCCGGAAUAUCCGAUGAUUAUUCAGAACAAACUCACUCAACUAAGUCAUAAGUCAUCGCAUCCGCCAUUUCAUAUAUUUCUAUAUUUUUGGCUGUUUUAAGUCAACCUUCACCAUGUGCCAGAUUGUACCAACUAGCUUUAAGUAAAAAUAUCAAGUAUAUCCUUUCCUAAUUAAGUGUUUAAUGUUUUUUUGGUAAAUAUAUAACUUUUUUCUAUUUUUGCAAGUAUCAUAUUGUAUAUUGUUUACUGUUACUUAGCCAAGCUUUUAAUUUAUUUUAUUAUAUUGAUAGCUAUUUUGUUCAUAUUAGAGUCAUAAAAGCAUUGAAAUUUUGUUUAUUUUUUACUUUAAUUAUUUCGAAAAACGUAUUUAAUUUUCUAUUUAUAAUAGUUGAAAUUUUUUUUGUUUUUUUUAGAACUUUGUUACCAUGGAUAAAAUUUAAGUGCAUUUUGUGAAUGUUCAUUGUUUUUUAAUUCUUUACAAUAGAUUUUAAAAUUAUAAAUAUUGGCUAUAUUUAUAUAACUAUUAAUUUAUUAUCUAUAUUUAAAAUAAAAUAUAUCUUAAAU